AUGAGGCACAUCCCAGAGGAACGGGGCAAGUGCAUGGUCGGCACCGCCCGCUACGCGAGCCUCCGCGCCCACGCGGGCGAGGAGCUCAGCAGGCGCGACGACCUCGAGUCCGUCGGUUACCUGCUGGUGUGGUUCCUGAAGGGCCGCCUUCCCUGGCAGGGCCUGGACGCUGCCAGCAGCCAGGAGCGCAUGGCGAAGAUCGCGGCCACCAAGGCGGGCACCACCGCCGCCGCGCUGUGCGAGGGCUUGCCGCGUGAGGUGGAGGCCUACGUCGCGUACUGCCGCGGCCUCGGCUUCGAGGAGCGGCCCGACUACGGCCGCCUCCGCGCCAUGCUGAGGGCGGCGGUUGGCCACGAGGGCGUCCGCAGGGCUCCCGUGCUGGACUGGCCGCAGCCGCGGCCGGCCGGCGCAGCGGCCUGCGGCGGCGCCGGCGGCGUGGAGGAGGGGAGCCCCGCAGCGGCCCUGCGCUGCGACACCCCCCCGCGCUGGACGCUGCCGGCGGGCCGAGGCCUCGAGCAGGGCGCUCUCGGAGAAGCCUGCUGGCCCUCCGCUGGCUGCAAGGAGGUCGGCCACCCAGCGGGCGCGCCCUGGCUGUGCCCGGUGCCCCGCGGCGCGCGCGUGCUGCUCCUGCGGUGA